AUGGGCGAGGUCUUCCUCGACAAAGCAAUCGGGCUUUUGUCGUCGGACAAGCAGAAGGAACGCUCCGAUGGCCUAGCAGACUUGAAGCACAUCCUGCAACAAAACAAGUACAGCUCCAAAUUACACACACUUAAUGACAAAGCCUGCCACAAGAUUUUCGAGUCGCUGUUUCGGUUUAUUGCAGUGGAACGUUCGGCUUAUAACCGAGCGCAAAGACCGAAUUCCAGGAAUCCCACUGCAUCGCGGCUGUCAACAUGUGCAUCCGUGCUUCGGACCGCGAUCGACAUCUUUCUGAGAAACCUCAGAGCCAAAACCGUUCGGGCGAUCAUCGAUCAUAUCACCGAGACUAUACCAAUCCCCGGGGAGGGUUUGUGGGAGCCCCUCAGUGUGGACUAUACCAAAUGCUUGACUUCACUUCUACGCUCUCAUUCCCAUACCGAGCAUCUCAGUGAUGCAGAAUGGGAAAAGCUUAUGGAGUUCUGUCUUAUAGGCAUUUCCCUGUAUGAGAAUGAGGAGAGCCAGCUAAGUAUUCGAAGUGGGCAUCGGUCUGUCCCCGAGGAUUCACUGGAUAGUGACAGCCGCUCGACUCCAUUACGGAUGACUCCCGUGCCGGCCACCAGAGAAAAGAACGUGGGUGAUAGGAAUGCCAUUGGAGAGCUCAUAGUGUGUAUUCAACUUCUGACGACGAGCCCCAAUGCCCCCGUCCAAGCCUCCGCUGAGGACAUUCUCCAUGGACUGCUCGAGUUUGUCAAGUCGCCAUCAGUAAUGACCGGAAAUGCGCACCAGCUUGCCUUCAAUAGCAUCAAUACAGUCGCUGAGAAGGUGUUGUUCGAUCAGUCUGAACUUGUCCGGUCAUCUCUGUUGGGCCUGAUCCCAGUAAUCCGACGCCUUUGGCUUACCAAGCUCCAUGGCUUGAAGGAUGAGAUGCUCAUCACUUUGAUGCUGGGCAUGGUUAUUCUAAUGGACAUGGCUCGAAGGGAACCUUCCGAAUCUCUGGCGCAUUCGAUGGAGGGAUUGGCUAGCACUCUGCAUUCAGAGUAUGUGAGGCGACCUGAGAAGGAAGUGUUGCAGAUCGACGACGCAAUCUUCUAUCCACACGAAGCAACACAGCCCAUCCGGCCCAUAUACGGACCUCUUCUGGGAAAUGCCAGGUCUGAACAUAAUUGGACGGUUGUCUGGGCCAUUGCCAAUUUGUUGAAGCUAUCCGAUGAUAUUAAUGCAGGCAUUCCAGACCGUGGCUCCUUUCACAAAUCUUCAAACAAGAGGCAGCGCUUUACCUCUGGGAUCGAAGAUGUGCUUCGCGACUCUGUCUCGGCAACAGGCGCACGAAGAAUCUGUGCAUUGCAGCUGAUGCCGUUCUUCGUGACCAAAAUAGACGUUGAAAAGAAGGAAUCUUUGAUCCAACAGCUGACGCUCAACAUUCUUGACGAAAACGCUGCAAUUUCUUCGUGGACAAUGGUGGGCUUGGCAAGAGCCGCUUGCAACCUGAUGAGUACCGUGCUCCAGUCGGAUUUAUUGGAGUACACGACAGUGACCGAAAUGGCACGUUCGAUGUUGUCUUCGGCCAACCUGAGCGGUCCCUCUGCGAUAUCAGACUCAUCUCUUGCUCUAUGGGCAUUAAUAGCUCGGAUGAAAAGCCAGCUUAAUCCAGGAACAGCACACGAUGCUUCAAGACAGAUUUGUGGCUGGCUGAGAGAGGUUUGGACGAUUGGCACGGUGACCGAUCGAAUCCAAACAGCUCAGGUAGCAACAUUUGCACGUCCUAUAGAGCUUCUAAACCUGUUCCUAGCUUGCACCAAUCGGCCAUUCGCUCUUCCCUGUCGUCAAGUUACAGGAACAGCUGGAUUGAUAGCCAAGCAUUGGUUAUUUUUCCACGAAAACCGAGAAUUGAUCGAAUAUCUUUUUGACGUCGAGGCUCUCAUUCAUAGUACCGAUCCUUGGGCCCCGAAAGAAGAGUGGUCGCUGAAGUCGUCUACUCGACAAGAUCCCGACGACUCAGUCAUAAUAGAUCUCUUGCGAUCGAAGUCUGAGACGUUUUCACAGGCAUGGAAGGCCAUGAAUGAGGACAGGUCGCACCAUAUCACUGCAGACAUCGUGCAAAUCGUCUGUUCAUUUUGCAUUGUGACGGCGAUUUUCAGCGCAUGUCUUCCUGAUAAAAUGCACCCCCAGUUCCGCGAGAUACAGCGCAAUUCCCAGUGUCUGUGGAAUGACAUUUGCAGAUUUCUGGCAGCUCAUGAAGCCACCUUUAUCCAGCGUUGCUUGGAAGUGCUAUCGCCUUUCCUCGCCGCGAUAACAAAAUUUGAUGCAUCAUCUGUCCUUUGGACUGGCCUUUGCGAUCUCAUCGCCCCGCUUGCUGAGAUGCUUGAAAGUUUCCGCCAGAGCUCAAAGAGCGACUCUGCUGCGAAGGAAGAUCUCAUGGAUUUGGAUGACCGAUUGAUAACCUGUGACGAUCAGCUAUCCUUCGAUGAGAACAUACUGGCUUUGAACCGGGAGUCACUGUCUUUAUUCCCAGAUGAAGCUACCUUUCAACGCUGUACAACCCUCCACUUGUCUAUACUCAUGAGAAUGUGGCCAGGUGAUAUUUCAUCGGGGAAAUCUCCCACUUCAUCUAUCGUCCAGUAUCUCACUAGCUUUGACGAGGCCGAUCUUCUAGCUGGACAGAAAUUAUUGCCUGAUGUCUAUUCCGCUUGCUCAAGGAUGCAAAGUUCUGACCUCCUUCACAUCCUUGAGGAUCUGGGUGAAAAGUGCCUGCAGUCUUAUGAAAUGGAGCGCUGUGAAGCAUCAACUUGCCUUUGCAUUCGCAUGAUGAUUAGCUUGGUCGAUUCUUGGACGAACGGAGGGGAUACCAAUUUGAAAGAGUCGGCCAUGGACCUGUACAACUGGUUCAUGGAAGUCCUUUUGGCCCGAAAAAAAGCCUCGCCCAAGGCUUAUAUUGCUCUAGCUGGACUCAUCCAAGUCGUCUUGGAUACGCACCCGUCAUAUGGCAUUGAGCAAUCUCUGCCUUCACCACGUACAAGCCUCUUCACGGUUCUCCAAGACGGUGACACUCAAGUCAAAUUCAGCGCGGCAAAGUUCAUCCCCGGUUUGUUUGAGCGUUUUCUUCUCAAAGAUCACGAUGCCAUCUUCGACGAUGUGUUGGAAAGUCUGCCUAGAGAUCCGGAUUGGAUUGAAGGAAUCGCCCUCCGUCUGUUUGUGCUGUCUCGACUAGCCUCCAAAUGGCAUACUCUACUCCGAAGAAGCAUUUACCACAUGUUCGAAACCCCGGCUCAGGUUCCAUCGUCUCUAUGGUAUGCCAGGAAAUGUAUGGGCCAGGUCUCCGCGACCUUGGGCCUUCAGGAUGCUAGAGAACUGUUCCGACUUUUCUCUUCUCAGAUCCUCUACACUUGGACCGAAACGCAAAAUAUCAUGUCCAUGCCUUUCAGUAUCUUUGGGUAUGGCAGCCUCAAGGAGAUGCUGAUGGAUGUGAAGGAUGAGGUCGUUGGCCAAAUGAUGAUGCGUGCGAAGGACCAAGAAACGCUUGAGCUCGCGAACUACCUUGAAGUUCCGCAUCUUGAACUUCUGGAAAGCUCUUUCUACAAAGCAGAGGCUUACAGCAUUGCACGAGACAUCACUACUCCGCCUGGACAGGGCAGCCAACCCAAAGGCGUUGAGGUUCGAUUGAGAAAGCUGCUAGGUGCCGAUAAAUUCAUGACUCGGAUAGAGGCCCAAUUUCCUCAAAUCGCGGCCGCCCUUUUCCAGUCUCUCGACUACUAUGAUCAGAUCGAGAGAGCAUUAUCAAAACGAGAGAAUUUUCGCUAUGCACUGGAUAUUCUAGUGCAGAUCACCAGCAAAAGUUCUUCACAAAGCGUACUCCCUGCAAACCAACAACCGUCGUUCCGAGCCCGCUACCUUCUGGACGAGCUCGAGUUCCUCUGUGAGCGCACGGGAUUUGAACUGGGAUCAAUAUGGACGCCAACUUUGGCCUCAUUCAUUUGUCGCUCGCUCCUCGAAUCAAUACAUCCUGCUCUCGGCUCUUUGCAUGCGUGCUCUGUUAUCCGGAAGAUGAGAAUACUAGUGAGUGUGGCUGGGCCUGUCAUGCUUCAGGAUUACCCGUUAGAGAUGAGUCUUCAUGCCCUAAGGCCUUUUCUGAUUGACGUCCAUUGUUCUGAGGAUGCUCUGGGGGUUUUCUGGUAUCUUUUGGAUGCCGGAAAUUCCUAUUUGAAGGAAACACCCGGGUUCACGGCUGGGAUUGUUGUUUCCACUCUAGUCACCCUUCGCAGACUUUUCUCAUCAUCCCCCGAGAGCACUACGCAGGAGAGCCAGUUCAGGACAGUUCUGUCCAAUGCCCGCAAUUUUCAUCAGUGGUUGGGAGACUCUCUCGAUGGUAUCCGUUCUUCGACGUGGAGCACUGAGACCCAGCAAGCUUUUACUCGGCUGGUGAGCCUGGCACAGGAAUUCUCAAUAUCGAAAGACUCGCCGGGAAUUCAGAAUGAAAAGAAUCUCGUCUUUGAAGUGCUUAAGGACCGCGAUUCAGCUCAAUCUCUGUUGAGCAAACCUGUAGCGGAUCUCAUUCUAUCCCUUCUGUGUCAAGAGUUUCGGCGAGUAUCUGAGGGCAGCGACGGUACUCCAGGUGAUUCUGUGGACCCGGCCUCGCACAUUGUUUCGGUUUGGCAUACGCUUCACAACUUCAAUGGCGGCCCUGAUUACCGGCUUUGGGCUGCGCGAGUCAUCGGGCGAUCCUUUGCUUCUACUGGUCAAGUGCACGAACUUUUGCUACGCGAACAAGAUAUUUUACUGUUCCAAGCCCCUCAGACCAGCUUGCCUUAUUUCUGUUAUUCCAAGGCUAGUAUUCUUCGAGUACUCUGCGAUAUGCUGCAAGGUCAAGACCGGUUUGAAGCCGGCUUGGUUGAACGGACGCUACAGCUCAUUGUCAACAACAUUGUCAUUUCCCCAGAUUUCCAAGCGUGUGGCGAUGUCAUUCCCGAAUCAUUGAUGAAAGCCCUCGUUUGGAACCCAUACAAUUGUCCAGAUAUCCCACUUUCCGGCCUGGAGCUGGAACGGUGUGGCAGAGCAAUCACCGGGGCAUCAGAGAGCUCCGUUGCUGACUGGGCCCGCGGUAUCGCCCUGUUUUUGUGCAAUGCUGCUUUUGGCGAUCCGGUCAUUGGUUCCCUGCGCAAAAUUCUCAAUGUGAUCCCUGGUUUGGCCGUGAAGUUACUACCAUGCAUAAUUCACGAUUUUCUAGUUGUGGAUGACGUGAAAUCGAGCCAAACUCGCCAGGCGAUCUCGGGCAGUUUCAAGCAAACAUUGUCCAAUGUUGUUGAAGAAACGUUGCCGCAUGCCCGUCUUGUGAUUAGCUGCAUUUUGUAUCUUCGCAACCAACCGGUGCCAGACGAAGCGACUAGAAUUGAGCGCGACAGGUGGCUUGAUAUCGACUAUGGAGAAGCAUCCGCGGCGGCACAUCGCUGUGGCUUACACAAGACCUCCCUUUUGUUCCUCGAGAUCCAGACAUCCAGAGUGCUUUCGGGGUCUCGUCGUUCGUCUGUUGUCAAGUACGAGCCACCUAUUGAGCUUCUACACGAUGUUUUCAAGAAUAUCAAUGAUCCGGAUUUGUUUUAUGGCAUCCAGCAAAGCUCAUCAUUGACUACUGUCAUGGAGAGGCUGGAAUAUGAAGGAUCUGGCCUCAAAAACCUCCUUUUCCAAAGUGCCCAAUACGACAGUGAGAUACAGAUGACGGGCAAUGCAGAAUCUCACGGGGUUUUGAAUGCAUUGAACUCGACAAAUCUCCAAGGAAUCGCCAACACAAUGCUCCCAGCCUCGAGCAAUGCAAAGGAAACCUCUGCUUCCAUGGACAGCAUGCUGCAGGCAGCGACAGGUCUUCAGAAGUGGGAUAUUCCUGUGUCGCUCUUGAAUUCAUCGCCCUCUGCAACCGUCUUUCGGGCAUUCCAGAGCCUGAAUACAUCCGGGUCUUUGGCAGAAGUCGCUGCCUCCGUUGACGGGUGUCUGUUGACCACCCUUGAUUCACUCAUAGACACUGGCAGAUCCGCUAUCCAUAUGCGAACUGCAAUGAGGGCCUUGGGAAUUAUGACCGAGAUCAGUGAUGUUCUGCACACAUCUUCCCCAGCGGCCAUGGAGGAAGAAUGGCAAAAGAUCUUAGCGAGAAGUACUUGGCUAAAGACCGAAAGUUUCCAUGAGGUUGGUGAGAUUCUCAGCUGGCAUGAGGCAUUGUUCUCAUCUAUUAGGAAAAAUGACCUGUUGAAAUCAGGUGCGAAUUUGAGUACGGGAGAUUCGCAGCUGCUGGAAGUGAAGGUCAUUCGACAAUCAUUGGAGAUAACAAGGAACCACGGCGUGUCUCAGGCGUCGUUGAAAUCCGCAAUGAGCCUGUCCAAACUUGCCGAGCCAUGCGCUACGCUGGGGAUGAACAUUGAAGGAGCUGCCAAGUUCGACCUUGCCAACGUCCUUUGGGACCAGGGUGAGAUGACUGCGUCAAUUCGCAUGCUCCAGCACUUGAAGGGGCAAGGGGAUCUACACAAGCAAGCUAUUCCGCUCAGUCGCGCUGAGCUACUUGUCACCUUGGGUCAUCAUGUCGCUGAGGCGCGUCUGGAAAAACCUGAGUCAAUCCUCCAAGAUUAUCUGUAUCCUGCGGUCAAAGAGCUCAAAGGUACCCCCGAGGGUGAAGAAGCUGGGCGAGUCUAUCACGGAUUUGCUACUUUCUGUGAUCAACAGCUCUUGAACAUCGAUGGACUGGAAGAUUUCAAACGCGUAGAGCAAUUACGCGACCGAAAAGAAAAAGAAGUCUUGGGUCUUGAGGAAAUGAUGAAAAAUGCCGGGGGCAGAGAGAAGGAAGCACUGCGGAUCCAUCGGGCUAAAGCGAAGCAGUGGUUUGAUCUUGACGAUCGUGAGUAUCAGCGGCUCCUGCGAAGUCGAGAAGCCUUCCUGCAGCAGUGUCUGGAGAACUAUCUGCUUUGCUUGAGAGAAAGCGAUACAUACAACAAUGAUGUGCUCCGCUUCUGUGCACUCUGGCUCGACAAGUCCGACAGCAAGACCGCCAAUGCAGCCGUUUCUCGGUAUCUCCACGAUGUGCCUAGUCGGAAGUUUGCUCCCCUGAUGAACCAGCUAUCGUCCCGUCUGCUUGAUGUCUCGGAUGACUUCCAGGCGCUGCUUACCGAGUUGGUAUUCCGCAUUUCAAACCAACUGGUUGAGCGUUUGAAGAACGACAAGCAUAUCAGCCCGACAUGGGUUGCUGUUCACAAUGCCAACAUCAGCUAUGUACGAUUUGCAGUUGAUAGACCAGACCCCAAGUUUAAGAGUGGCGCCAAAGUUCCCUUGAAAAGCUUGGCUACUGGCCAACGCCUAGGGCAAGACGUUGUGUCCUACAAGUUGCCGCCACCCACGAUGAAAAUUGAGCUUCGUCCCGACUGUGACUACAGCCAUAUUCCAACCAUUGCCAGGUUUUCUCCCGAGUUCACGAUUGCGUCGGGUGUCAGCGCGCCAAAGAUUGUGACGGCCGUGGCCACCAACGGUGUGCGUUACAAGCAGCUGUACAAAGGAGGGAACGACGACCUGCGCCAGGAUGCUAUCAUGGAGCAGGUGUUUGAACAAGUCAGCAGUCUUUUGAAGGACCACCAACCCACCCGUCAGCGCAACUUGGGAAUACGAACAUACAAGGUGCUUCCGUUGACAGCCAAUGCUGGGAUCAUUGAGUUUGUCCCUAACACCAUUCCCUUGCAUGACUAUCUGAUGCCGGCACAUCAGCGGUACUUCCCCAAGGACAUGAAACCCAAUUCAUGUCGGAAGCACAUUGCCGAAGUGCAAACCAGAUCGCUUGAACAGCGCGUGCGAACUUACCGACAGGUGACGGAGCAUUUCCACCCCGUAAUGAAGUAUUUCUUCAUGGAGCGCUUCAAUAAUCCAGAUGACUGGUUCAGCAAGCGGCUGUCCUACACACGAAGCACCGCUGCUAUCUCUAUCCUCGGCCAUGUCCUAGGACUCGGCGAUCGCCAUGGACACAAUAUCCUGUUGGAUGAGACCACCGGAGAAGUGGUGCACAUCGAUCUUGGCGUCGCCUUUGAGCAAGGCCGCAUUCUACCCGUCCCCGAAGUGGUGCCUUUCCGUCUGACGCGCGAUUUGGUCGAUGGGUUUGGUAUCACCAAGACCGAGGGCGUCUUCCGACGCUGUUGUGAAUUCACUCUCGAAGCUCUCCGCCACGAAUCCUACAGUAUCAUGACUAUCCUUGACGUGCUUCGCUACGAUCCGCUGUACAGCUGGACCGUGUCUCCGCUACGAAUGAAGAAGAUGCAGGACAACCAGGAAGCGGGCGACGGGCCUCCCGUUCUGCCCGGAGCGACAGACAAAUCCUCUACUAAUGAGCCGAGCGAAGCUGAUCGGGCGUUGACGGUCGUGGCAAAAAAAUUGAGCAAGACGCUGAGUGUCACUGCGACGGUCAAUGAAUUGAUUCAGCAGGCGACUGAUGAAAGGAAUCUUGCUGUGCUGUAUUGUGGCUGGGCGUCUUAUGCUUGA